ACACAAUUUACAAGUAAAGUAUGAUCUUAAAAAAAAGUAAAUUACUAGCAAAAUACAAUUUCAAAACAAAUUUACUUCCAAUUCAAAACCAUAAACCCCAGCGCGUAAGUAGUCUUCGCCGGCCGGUGGAUGUGAAAGCAGCCAUUGAACUCUAGGUCGCGGUUUGCUGAUUACUGCAGAAUUUGGAGCUUGUCCAUCGUGGAGUCUCGUGGGGCCCGACGGCACGCAAUGGGUACUACAGUCAGCUGGCCGUGAGUGGGGGACUGGCUUUUGUCGGAGGCGUUGGAGCUUGAUGGUGGCGGAUGAAGUGUAGCGAAUCGCUGAGUAGGCGGUCGAUGCGGCGUAAUUGCUUUUCUGUUUGUUCCCUCGAGCUAAUUGUAUAUUCAGAUGAGGAAUAUUAAACGGUUGCCUGAGGCUAUCCAUAGCUCUGUGCGUUCGGGGGUUGUGAUUGCUGAUUUGACAAGGAUUGUUGAAGAGCUGGUUUUUAACAGCCUUGAUGCAGGUGCUACAAAGGUUUCCAUUGCAGUCGGGGUCGGUAGCAGCUAUGUUAAAGUAGUGGAUAAUGGAUCUGGUAUCACACGGGAUGGAUUGGUUCUGUUAGGAGAAAGACACGCAACCUCAAAAGUUGAUCACUUGGCUGUGAUGGAUGCUGGUACAGAGAGCUUUGACUUUCAUGGAGAAGCUCUGUGCUCUAUUUCAGAUGUUUCUUUGUUGGAGAUUGUGACAAAAGCACGGGGAAAGCCAAAUGGAUAUAGAAAGAUAAUGAAGAGCUCUAAGUGUUUGUUCCUUGGGAUCAGUGAUGAUAGACAAGACACAGGCACUACAGUCACUGUCCGUGAUAUAUUUUACAAUCAACCAGUUCGAAGGAAGCACAUGGAGUCCAGCCCCAAGAAAGCAUUGGAUUCAAUCAAAAUGAGUGUGCUGAGAAUUGCCCUUGUUCAUGUUAAUGUUUGCUUCAAAGUUAUGGAUGUGGAGAGUGCAGAUGAGCUGCUUCAUACCGUGCCUUCAUCUUCUCCGCUGCCAAUACUUUCUAGUAAUUUCGGGAUUGAGGACUCAGUUAGUUUCUACAAAGUGAACUUGUCUGAUGGUGAAUUGAAGCUUUCUGGGUAUAUUUCUGAUCCUCGUGAAAUUUUCUCUCUGAAGGCAAUCCAGUAUGCUUACAUCAACUCAAGAUUUAUCUGCAAAGGACCAAUACAUAAACUAGUGAAUAAUUUGGCUGCUAAAUUUGAUUUAUCAAGUUGCUGGCAGCCCACCAAUAUAUACCAAAACAAGAAGCGAAAUAAGUAUGAUCUGUCUCCAACAUUCAUUCUCAAUUUACACUGCCCGAGAUCUUAUUAUGAUAUAGUGGCUUCUGAGCGGUCAAGGACCUCAGUGGAAUUUAAGGAUUGGGGUCCUGUACUUGCUUUCAUUGAGAUUGGCAUUAUGCGUCUUUGGGCCGAAAAUAUCUAUCAUGAGAUUCCUUCUCAAUUCUCCAACAAAGUCUUGUCCGGUACCUAUUUGCAAUCAACCAAUACAGAUAUGCCAAAUACUUCUGAUAGUGGAGAAAGGAGGUCCAGGAAACAGAACAGUGGACCUUCUCUAGAUCUUUGCUGCCGACAGCGGAAGAAGCUAUGCAAAAAUUAUGAUAACAUGCCUGUCCUGGAAGAAUGUGUAUCUUCACUUGGAAAACCUUUCAGAACAGUUUUUGAGCCUAAAAAGCAUCAGAUCGAGGCAGGUUUACAAUCUGAAACUGACUACCUAAGUAGACAAUUUGAUAGAUCUCUUGCUGGUUAUGAAGCAAGUGCGAAGAAACAGAUUGGGAGCUACCUAUCUCCUUGCAAUGUUUUGUCUCCACUGCAUGUGGCAUAUGCAUAUGGUAGAAAAGAGGAUGGCAUAUCAUCCUCAGCUUCGAGGACCAUCUUACCGGCAUUUGAUGAUAACAUAUUAGUAGCGAGUGGGGUUGAUGCUGAUUGUCUUAAAUUUAACGAUGAUAUAUAUACUGUCAAGGAUGCUGUCAAAUCAUUUAUGAGGAAUUGCUCCUUUGAUAGAAGCUUUCUGGAUGAAAAAAAAUCACCUGCAAGAGGUGAAAGAUUUGAAUUUGAAUGUGAUGACCUCAGGACUGAAAACAAGUGGGUUGAUUGUGAUGAUGGCAGGGUAGAUCGAAUUGAUCUGCCCAUUUGUGGAAGAGAUAUACAUUGCAAUGGAGCAUCACCUUUUCAACCUUCUCCAGCGAGCAAAUAUGAUAUGCAUGAAAUCUCAAAGUUUCCUGUAAGAGACUCAGCAGAGACAUCUUUGGUAAUUAGAGAUCUUCUACCUGACUCUUCUAGACGAGUUUGGAAAUGUUCCAGUCGGCAGUCUUUGUGGUCUGGACCUUUAACAGGAGAAGAAAAAUUUGGGAUCAAGUUUCAUGAUGAUGAUGAUGAUACUCUUUGCAGAACAUCAGUCAAAGGUUUCUCUGAAUUUUGUAAACAUGGGUAUUCUGGUGAGAGAGAUGCACUCAAAUUCAGUAAUUUGAACGCAAAAGAUAGUUGGCAGCAGCAAAACUGCUCUUUUAUGGUCUUUUCCCCUGAUGAGAAGAGGGAAUUUGGUGAAUUUCAUUUGGGAGAGUUUGACAAGAUGUUCUCACCAAAGCCUGUCAAAAGAGUUAGUGAAACAGAUUGGUCACCUUUAGGAUCUUAUGAAGAAAGUCUGGAAAAUUACUCAGUGCCAUCAUUAUAUGGUGCUCUUCAAUGGGAGCAUGAAUAUGGACAACCUGAUAGCAAGAAUCAGGAGACAAUGUUUAGCAGAAAGAAAAGCUCCACAAGAAGCCAUUCAGCUCCACCAGUUUACAAAGGAAAGAAGAGAUAUUUGGACUUGACUGAUUCUCCCACCAUAUUGUCGGCCAGAAGCAAUUUCCAGAACACAUGUGCCUCUAUGGAGCCUAGCAACUCCAAGCAUGCACAACUUCAUGCAGAAGCUAGGAACUUGAAAAGUCAGAAAUUAUCUGGUAAACUCCACCAGUCUCCAAUGGAAAGAUCAGCCAUUGAUUGCUUCUUUGCUAAAAGACUAGAUUUGGAAAUGACUCCUGAAGUCGUCCCAGUUCAGCAGUGCAGAUCAUUAAAAGCAGAGGAAUUUAUGGACAUGGGGGUCGAGGGUCUGGACUUGAAAGAAAUUCAGGACUUCGACUCUAGGUGGAAGUGGCAGAAAUGUUGUUUAACAGCUGCAGGUGGAACUGUGCCAGAUUUUAGCAAAAGUCAGGAUACUGUCCUUGAUAUCUCCUCUGACAUUUUGCACCUUGCUGGUGAUCCUUUAGUUCCUAAAUCCAUUGAUAGGACAUCCCUUGAGGAUGCCAAAGUUCUCAGUCAGGUUGAUAAGAAAUUCAUUGCAGUUGUGGCAGGAAAAACACUUGCUAUAAUUGAUCAGCAUGCUGCUGAUGAAAGGAUCAGACUCGAAGAGUUACGCCACAAGGUGUUAUCUGGCGAAAUGAAGACAGUCACAUAUCUGGAUGCUGAGCAAGAGUUGGUCUUGCCUGAAAUUGGUCAUCAGUUACUGCACAAUUAUGCUGAAGAAAUUCAGACUUGGGGUUGGAUCUGCAACAUUCAUUCACAUGAUGGAAGUUCCUUUGUGAAACAUUUGGACUUUUUAAACAGGCAGCCAGCUAUUGUUAAGCUUCUUGCGGUGCCGUGCAUUUUGGGUGUUAAUUUAACUGAUAUUGAUCUCCUAGAAUUCCUUCAACAGCUUGCUGAUACAGAUGGGUCAUCAACCAUUCCUCCAUCUGUUCAUCGUGUUCUGAAUAACAAAGCAUGCAGGGGGGCAAUUAUGUUUGGGGACACAUUGCUGCCAUCAGAAUGUUCCCUCAUAGUCGAGGAGCUGAAACGGACUUCACUUUGUUUCCAGUGUGCUCAUGGGCGGCCGACUACUGUUCCUCUUGUCAGCCUGGAUCUCUUGCAUAACAAGAUUGCCAAACUUGGAUCACAUGAGUCAUGGCAUGGGUUAUGCCAACAUGAACUCAGUUUAAAUCGUAGUGUGCAACGUCUAAGGUCUGCCUUAUGUUAAUUUGGAAUUCAAUUUUCUCAACUGAAAGUUGAAAUUACCUGAGUCAGACUGGCAGAUGCUCGAAAGAUUGUGUGAAAUAUGGUACACCUUAUGUUGUUUCUUGCUGGAGGCAUAUGAUGAUUGUGGGCAAUCCACAUCUUCAAAAACAUCAUCUUAAAGAUCAGAACUUUGUUUUACAGUUCCAUUUGCAAGACGAAGUAAGAAUGAUGUGAAGGGCCUCCGUUUAGUAUAUGAAGUAGUUGCUUGUGGCCUUAAACGCCAAUAACUCGUCCAAAAAUUUCUGCAGAGUCUUUUUGGAAAAGCUGGUGAGUGGAAAAAUUGUUCAUGUCUGAUGGGGUAAUGCAUAUAGAAGCAUGUUCUAGCUCUUUGCUUGUAAGCUACAGAAUUGUGAAGAUCACAUAUCUUUUUCAAGUAUCAUAAUCAUGCUUUAUAGUUUGUAUUUGUAGAUCAGAGUUGGGGUAAUAUCUAAUUGUAUUAUUUCUGAGGAUUGUUAUGCAGAUAUUUUCCAGGGCUACAUCUCAAUGGAUGGAUAUAAAUCCAUAUGUUA